AUGUGUGUCGCCUACUUUUUAUCCUCUAUAAUUAAUGGGAAGACAAAAAUCGGAAAGGGAACCCCAUCUGUUGACCCCUUAUUCCUGAGGAUUGUGGAUCUUGAGGCUUGUAGAAGGUUUCGUUGGGAUUUUGAGGUCAUCCCAUGUCUGAAGUACAAAUACAGAGAAGAUGUUAGAGGACCAGAUAGGGAUUGGCCCCGUAACACUAGGGUCAUCAAGAGUAUAUUGCAAUCAUAUGAGGAUGAGGAAAUUAUGCUUGCUGGAGUCAUGGAGAGGAAUGAAGAGAAAGAUAUCAGUGAUAUAGUUCCUGACAAUUGGACGAGGUGUUUAGUUGAGGAAGAGAAGCCGAUAUUCUGGAAAAAGAUAUGUAAGAUGGAUGUUGAUGCCUUAGAUAAUAAGGAGUGGGUAAACCAUCCUGCAAUGGCUAAGGAAAAUGUGGCUACGGAGAAUGUGGCAUCUCUUGGAUUGGUGAAACAGCUGCAGAGCUUGCAGAAGAGUAUGGAUGCUCAGUUUUUCCGAAUCAGUGACCGCAUGAAUGACAUUGAUAUAAGACUCUGCUCUGUAGAACAAUAUGUGAAAGAGGCAAGAAGAGAAGGACCAGGAGAUGAGGAAGGAGAAGUUUUACGAAAUGAAGAAGGAAGAAAGGAGGAAAAAGGAGACGAAGAAGAACAUGAAGAUCCUCCCGAAGGUGGAGAGAAACUUGAAAGUGUGGUGACAACUGAGAAACGGAAGAAGCAGAAGCAGCCGAAUCAGAAGGAGUCAGAUGAGAAAGAGAAGAAGCGGAAGGAGCUGAAGCAGAAGGAGCUGAAGCAGAAAGAGCCAGAGCUGAAAGAGGCGGAGCUGAAAGAGGCGGAGCUGAAAGAGGGAGAGCAGAAGGAGACAGAGCAGAAGGAGGCGGAGCAGAAGGAGGUGGACCUGAUUUUAUCUCGAUCUCCCAAAAAAUAUGUUCGUUAUUGA